CAUCAACGACCGGAGCGGCAACGGUUGACAUACCUCCGACAUAUGGCAGCAACAAUCACACUGCACCUCACGUCACCCUCGACCAGGGUGGUGUUCAAGGGUUUCGUGACAGUCACGCCAACUCGGUCUUCCUCGGGGUUCCUUACGCUGCGACUACUGGAGGCCAAAACAGAUGGCGCGCUCCUCAAGACGUCCCCAAAGCCACGACGACUCUUAACGCGACAUCGUACGGUCCAUCAUGCCCGCAAGCUCCUGGAGCCGUGGAAUACAGUCCUUUGUCAGAGGACUGCUUGAACCUCAACAUCUGGGCACCUUCCUCGGCAAUUCUCAGCUCCAAGGUGCCAAUUUUGCCCGUAACGGGGUUGUCUAUGUCAACUUCAACACGCGCAACAGCCUGUUUGCUGCACCGCACUCGUCGGAGCUGGAGAGUUCAAACCCUGGAGAGUCGCAGAACUUCAACAUCUUGGACGUCGACAAGGCGCUUGACUGGAUACGCGAGAACAUCGAGGCCUUUGGCGGUGACCCUGAUCACAUUGUCUUCGGUGGUCACUCGAGCCGUGCAGAUGAGUGCCAACGCAAUGUCUGGCCCUGCCUUUGCACCGCAGGACGAGGUGCUCGACGCUGUCGCAGCCGAGGUUGGUUGUCCUGCUGCUGGAGAUGAUCAAAUCGAGUGCCUCCGCAAUGUCGACAUGUCGGAAUUCUUGACAGCCAACUUCAACUCCACCUACAACGCCUGUAUGCCUCCCACGUCCCACUUCUCACCGGCACCUCCAACGGCGAAGGCACGAUCUUCAGCCUCGUCUAUGGCGCCCAGAACAGCAACUUCAGCUCGUGGAUCAACACCUUCGAUGCUGAUGUCGCACACAUUCCGGACAGCGAUCUCAUUGAAGCCUACUCAAGCUCCAACUACACCACUGAGGCCCUUCGCAGCGGCACCCAGUACGGCGAUGCCCGCUUCAACUGCCCGGUGGAUUACCUCAUCGACCUGCGCAGCGCAAAGCAGGACACAAGUGCCAUUCUUCCACGGAGGCAACGAGUGUUUUGAGGGCUUGGCGAAUGUCACGGCGGAGCAGCAGGCACUGGCUGACUCCAUUCACGGGUGGUUGGUUGACUGGAUUAAGGACCCGUCUAGCGGCCCUGGGUGGGAUAAGACGUCGCCGUCUUCCUCGGCGCUUGUCAAGCUUGGUGUCCCUGGGGAUGAGCUCUCGCGUAUUCCUGCGUCUUUUGAUGAGUUCAACAAGCUUGUAGCAACGUUUCGUGUAUUGGAUCCAGCUCAUCAUCGCACGAAAAUAAACCACACUAAUUUGGUGGAAGGAAGUGUUGGUGCAUCGGCGUCCAUCGACCAGUUAUCUAUGCGCGCGGCUACGGGAGCUGAAUUGCGCAUAUGCUUAGCGUUUCAGCCUGGCACAGCUGCAGCUGAAUUAAUAGAUCAAAUUUAA